CAUGAGCCAUUUCGUUAUGAGUCACGCUAUCCGGCUGCGUAACUUCUAACGAGUAACGACUAACGAUCGUAAAGAAUACGUCCGCCAUUUUCACGGUCGUCUCGUCUGCGUGGUCGCCGAUUCCAGAUUUUUGUUUUAUACAUUUUUUAUUUUAUACGUUUGUCACACGUGUUAUUGUCAUGCGGUAAAUAUUAUCGCUCAAUAGUUUGCGCGUAUUAAAGUGGAUUUCGGUUUAUUUGGUGUGCAUAAAAGACCAGUUACCGCAAACACAACAUUCACGAUGAGUUACAGCAGACCUCCGCCACGGAUUGAAGGCAUGGUAUCGCUGAAAGUUGACAACCUCACAUACAGGACAACGCCAGAGGAUCUGAGGAGAGUGUUCGAGAGGUGUGGAGAAGUCGGAGACAUCUACAUUCCCCGUGAUCGGUUUACUCGAGAGAGUAGAGGGUUUGCUUUUGUCAGAUUUUAUGAUAAACGUGAUGCUGAAGAUGCGUUAGAUGCAAUGGACGGUCGCAUGUUAGAUGGUAGAGAGUUACGUGUUCAGAUGGCUCGCUAUGGACGUCCAACUUCGCCGUAUAGAAGAAGACGCAGGAGGUCUCGUUCGCCUAGACGUCGUUCAUACUCAAGGUCCAGGUCUCGUGGCCGUCGUUCACGUUCUUAUUCUAGAUCACGUUCACGUUCACGUUCUGGUAGUAAAAGUUCAAGAGGACAUUCAAAGUCAGCCAGUCGUUCAAGAUCAUAGAUGUGAAUUUUUCAAAAAUUAUAUGGAAGAAACUGAUAAAACAUCAAUAGCCACAUAAUUUGUUUACAUUUUAAUAAUGAUAAAUAGUAUUUCAUGCCAUUUAUAAACUUGAAAUAUUU